AUGGACUUCGCAGCGUUAAUGUCCAAGGAGAUUUCCAAGGCGAAAUCCUCCGCCAGUCCCACCCCCGAUGAGAAAACGCCGCCCCCGGACAAGAAAUACAUGCGACGCGGCGAGCUCGAAGCCGCCCGCGUGGCCGCCUACAACGAAGAACAAGCCCGCAUUCAGCGCGAACGCGAGGAGCGACUAGCCCAGAAACGCAAGCUGGAGGACGAAGAGGCCGAGCGGCGGCGCGAGCGCGAGGACAAGAAACGUCGCCUGGCGGAGGAAUCACGCAAACGCCGCGAGGAGGAGGAGGCGGCGCGGGAGCGAGAGCGUCGCAAACGACUGGGCCUGCCCGAGCUGCCGCCACCCACCGCCACGGACGAAUCGACAAAGGACGACGACGAGGAAGACGACAUCCCUGAGGAGGAGCUGGUCGAGAAGCUGCGCGGGCUGGACGAGCCAGCGCGGCUGUUUGGCGAGACGCAUCGCGGUCGGCUGCGCCGGUAUCGACGGCUGGUGCAGCGGUCGCUGACGCCGCAGCCGAAGAUGACCGAUGGGCCGAUCCCGACGACCCUGGAGCCCGUGCCGGAGGUCGAGAUGAAAAUCUCGACUACGCUGCCCAAGGACACCGACGGGCGGAAGUAUCUGUUCCGCCAGCUGGCGUCGUACUUCAACAUGGUCCUGGGGGAGUGGGAGGCUGCGCUGGCCCGUCGGGAUGUCUCCGUCAAGCAGAGUCUGCAGGGCCGACAGGCUUACAAUGCCAUGGUGCAAUCGCGGGAGAACCUGAAGCCGCUGUUUCGCAAGUUUGAAAAGGUGGAUGUCGACGAUGGCGUGUUGGAGCAUAUCGUCGAGAUUGUCCACAAGGCCCAGUUGCGGAGAUAUGUCGACGCCAAUGAUGCCUAUCUUCGGUUGAGUAUUGGAAAAGCUGCCUGGCCCAUCGGUGUAACCAUGGUUGGUAUCCACGAGCGUUCGGCGCGAGAAAAGCUCCACCAGAGUGACCAACAGGCCCAUAUCCUCAGCGACGAGAUCACCCGCAAGUAUCUGCAGAGUAUCAAACGGUGUCUGAGCUUUGCGCAGACGCGCUGGCCGCCGGAUGACCAGCUGCAGAUCAUGGGCUAG